AGAUAUAUCGAAUCACUCUAUACGUUAAGCACUGCGACGCAAAUACGCAACAGACAUCCAUGGUUAAAACGAAGAGACGCUGCAGAUUGAUAGCAGAAGAUGAAUAUCGACUUUUCAAGCAGAGAAAACCGUAAUAAACAAGCAUAAUGGGAAGGAAACCGCAAUCACAAGAAAGUACGGAUGGGGAACAAGUCGGAGAGGAGGCGAUGUUGGAGGCCCUGGAAUUAGCGGUAUUGGCCGUACGAGAUGGAAGGAUGCAAAAGCACGACUACUAUUUCAAGUUCUGUACUGCUGAUUCCAAUGAAUAUGCUGGAAACUGUGAAAGGAGAUCAAAUAGGAGUCGGGAACUCAGUAAAGAGAUGUUUGAGAUGGUUGAAUCAGCAUUUGAAGCAGUUGGAAACGGAUCUUUAAAAGAAGAAGACUAUUACUUUGAACUCACUACACCUUAUUGUCAGUACGAAUCAGGCUGCUAUCCACAUUAUGAUAAAACUACAUAUUUGGAGGAUCCACAAGGGCCUGAGUCAUUCAGAAUCUGGGAUUACAUCUGUCCAGUUGGGUCGCAGAUCAAGGACUUUGUGAAAGAUGGAUUACCGUAUCAGCUUACAGGGAAGAUGAAGUUGGACAGACCCAUGAACGCCAUAAGCAUCACAUUGUCUACAUCAAGGUUCUCAAUUCGAUUGUUUCUGGUACUUUCCGUAAUGAUGAUACACACAACACCAUCAAGUGCCAGGGAGGAACCACCCUUGACACUGACUGCCGGGCAAAGUGGCGUCAUUCCGUUUGGGUGCAAGAACAAACAACCGUCUGCGCCUAAAUACUACACCGUCAAGUUCGAGGACAAAGACCGUCCUUUCUACAUAGAUGGACAUUUUUACCCUGAAGGACUGAUGUCAUCGGACCAAGCUGAACGAUUCAACGUGGAAUAUGUCGAGAACGACAGUGAAAUGUCUAUAGAAAUUAAUAUAGCCUCUGUCUCUGUCGAAGACGAGGGGACAUACAUCGCAUUACUCAUUGUCCAGGGGGAUACAUUUGAGUCUCAUACCAUGAAAAGAGUUGUCUUUAUAUUCAUUCCUCCCAGCCAGGCGCUUUGCUAUAUAAGGCUCAGUGGAACUUUACUUACACAAAACAGGCCUACGAUUCAUUGCCAUUCUAAACGUGGAACUGGUAAUUCCACUCUUAGCUGCUUUCAAAAAGGCGACAAAAUUCCGUUUUUUUACAAUAUUGACGAUGAAGAGGGCUAUUCUCAGGUAGUUCACAGACGGAAUUUUCUGCUCAUGGAUAUAGACAGCCCAGUCUUUUGUUGUUCUCAUGACAUAAGCGAUACUAUUACUCAAACGUCAUGUAACCAAUACAGAUUUCCCAACAAAUACCCUAACAUUAGCACUACUCUCAAACCUCCGAAAAUUGCUACAGAAAAUGUGCUGAUAACAAGCUCAAUAUCCAAAGUAGAUAAAAACAUUCCGCCGUACACUGAAUAUCCUUCAUAUUCUGGAUGUGAUCAUAAUAGUAACCGGUCUGCUCUUGUCAUCUCUCUUGCCGUGCUUUUCAUUUAUGCUUGCAUAUCGAAUCCCCAAAACAACCUCGCAAUGAAAAUGAAGUUCAUGCUUUGUCUCUUUGUAUUUUCUUUCAAUUCAUUUUUACCAAAAAUUACCGAUUUAGAAAACAAAGUUCGAUGCACGUUUUUAAUGUCUGCUUUGAUUUUUUUUUUCGGUGGGUUUAAUGGGAUUGCUAUUUUUUUUCGAACACUUUAGGUAAAUUUACAUAAUAAGGAGAUAAUAGUUAUGGUUCUGCAAUGCACGAACAAAAUUUGAAAUGGAAAAACCGAUUCAUUCAUAAUAUAUUAUCAUUUCAACACAACUAUCACACGUCUGUAUGAUCAUGAUGAUACUUAAGUAUAACAAUGCUAAUAAUAUGAAACAUUUAUAUAGCGCUUAAUAAAAAAAAAUCUAAGUGCUGCAUAUAUUACCUCGGCUUUAGCACGGCUACACUGAUCGGGCGCUUGAGCAUUCAAGGAAUUCCUUUCUACUGGGAACCCCAUUUACUACACCUGGGUGAAGAGUGGCAAAUGUAGAUGAACGCCUUGCCAAAGGACGCGAGUGUUGCGGUGGGAUUUGAACCCCAGACAUUGUGGUGCAUAGUCUGGAGACUUCUCCAUUGAGCCACAACACAUAUAUAUACCCAUUAUCUAUAUCCAAAGUGUAACUGAAUAAAAAAUAAUAACUCUACUGUAGUUACCUAUAUACCGUUAUAAAGAAAUAUAUACAUGGACAGUGAUAAAGAAAAAAUAUCUUACCCAAAUACUCUGCAAUACUAGUAUAGCGCUUGUAUCUGCACUUGUACUUUUAGUGUAUUUGGUAACUUGUUGUUUUAGCUCUUUGUAUAUUUUUGAAAUUAGGUUUAGUUGGUUUAAAAAGCAAACAUCUUUUGAAAUUCAGUUUUACGUUGUAGGCUUUAUAUUUGUUUAUUGAACCCAAAUGGCGUUUAGCUGAGAUGUACAUAUCAAGAAAAUGUGUUUGUUAUAUAAAAAACAAAAUAUCUGUACAUAUGAUUACAUUGACAAGUCACCCAGUAUGUAAUUUUUAUCAUAAAACAUUGCAAUUAGUUGUGUGAGAUAUUAGGGGGUUUGCGAAUAUAUAUUUUUGUUAAUAUUAUGCAGUUAAAGAAUAUUGAAAACUGCAUUAUGAAAGGUUUUGAAAUUCAAUGAAUAUUCAAUUGCAUAGUUUAUUUUAUUUUCCAAAGGAUUUUUCAUUAUCUAAACUUUGUUAUUAAUAAAUUGUCAGUAUCUCAACAAAUGGUUUAUUUUUAAAGAAUAUACCAGGGACCCGUCUUACAAAGAGUUGCGCGAUCGAUCCGAUCAACCACAACUAUGGACGGCCAGGAACAUCAAGAUCUAAAAUGCAAAUUGUUCACAAUAUUUUCUAGAUAAGUUUUAUAUUCAUUCAUUCGUCAUUCUCUUGAAGAAAAUGGUCUGAUCCUCUUUGUUAACUAAAGAGAUUGUGCAAAUUUCCUGCAUGAAAAAUGGUAUUGAUGGGUUUCCAUACAGUUGAGAUUGAUUGGAUCAAUCGCAACUCUUUGUAAGAGAGGACCCAGAUCUGACAUGGUAUGUACAUGUACAUGCUAUGUCUUCAUGCGCAUUUCGACUCUAAAAUUAUUCAAGUAAAAACUCACAAAUAUCAUGAACAUGUAAGAUAGUUAAUCUUUGAAGAUAUUAACAGUCACCGGUUUGCAAAAGCUUUAUAUCAAUUACAGCCUUUUGAAACUAAAGACGUCUUGUUUUGUCUCCAGUGGUAAUGAAAUUAAUUAAUAUGAAAUAUAAGAGAGCUGUGAAGAAGAAUGGGAGGCGGGUCCAGGAUUUUAUGGGAACACAAAGUGAUGGCCGAUUUUAUUUGGGAGAUAUUAUCUAAGGCAAGCAAAAAAGAGAAUAAAACGAAAAUAAUAUCACUCACAGAGAGUGAAUAUCUGUUUUAGAUAAAAAGUUUAAAAAGAAGUGAAAACACGAUAUUUGAUUAUCAUAAAUAAUGUGAGAGAACCUUUAACAAAGGUCUCACUUCCCCAAAAUGGGGUUACAAGUACAACAGAGUGCAUUUUUAAUCACUUUGGUGCUCUGCCCUCCCCCCCUCCCGAUUCGCAUCUGCAAGGAAGGAAGAAAGUUGAACAAGAGCAACGUCAGCAUGCUUGGCAAUUUGCCAAGAUAAUAUAUCUAUGACUCAUGUAAAACUUGAAUAAUGAAAUUGAUUACUGAACUUCAGUUAUCUAGGGUCUAAAAUACACCAUUGUCUUCCUUAUGUCAACACCGUUCGAUGUAGUCAUGUUAUUUUGAAGAUGGAAACAAUUUUAUGAAAGAGUAGACAAGAAUAAUGGGGUUGAAGAAGAAAACUAUUGAUAGUUGAAAGAGAAAGAGGGAGAGGGAGUAGCAAAGACAACCCUACACUGAAAAAGAAGAAUUGGGUAAAAUGGGUACAUUCACGUUUGUUGGGUAAAAAGAUACCAAAUGUUUUGUAAGUUUUACUCAAUAUUGCGAUGAAAUUUACCCUUCAAACAUGCAUCUUGCCUAAUAUUGGGGAAAAAAUACCCAGCAAACAUGCAUGUUGCCUUUUCUACCCAAUAUUGGGUAAAUAUUCUUUGUUUUUAAGAUAUGCAUAUAAUUCUGAUAAAGACAAUUGGAUACGACAAAAAAUAGUUGCAAAUGCUGGAGAAAUUGAAAGAGAGAAACAUAAAAGUUACGUCUCUCUCUCUCUGAGAUUGCACUGUUGUGUGUUUUGUAGUGUGAGUGUGUGCAAGCGUGUGCAGUUUUGUGUUGUAUGUGGGUGUGUGUGAGCGGUAUUUGAACACAUG